GGGAGGAAGAGGCACUUAUAAGCUGAACUUAUAAGCCGAAUACAUCCCAGUCCGACAUCGUGACUCGGAGAAUACUUAUCACCCGAGUCUACUGCUGAUAGCGUUUCUUCAUAAGUUUUUUUUCCUUAAAUCUAUUAUCACGCGUCAUCUUACAAUUAGUAAUUCUGCGACCAUCGUCUGUACUCGAUCGUUCUCCAACGCGCCGCCAUGAAGUUCGCGGUGUCCGUCGCGCUUUUCCUCUUCUGCAUCCUAUGUGUCAUCAGGCAGUUGCAGUCUGCCAGGAUUCUAGCGAUCGUUCCAACACCUUCCUACAGUCAUCAGAUCCCGUACCGUCCACUGUGGUUAGAACUGAAUAAACGAGGGCACGAUGUCGUGCUCGUUACUGCGGAUCCGAUUCCGAACCUGGACCGGAAAAACUUUACGCAGAUCAACGUUGGCCAGUCCUACAGUGACAUAAGGAAGAUCGACUUCAUUAAGAUGCGAUUCGACAAAGUCAACUGGCUGACGUUCACCGAAGAAUACUUAAUCUCCUUGACCUAUUCCUUUGCGGAGAACGUACUGAACAACACGGAUAUGAAAGGGUUGUAUGCGCCUAACAGCAACGAGCAUUUCGACGUUGUGCUAGCCGAAUUGCUUUUUUCACCCGCUGUGUACGCCAUUGCUCACAGAUUCAACGCACCGUUGAUAGGAUUAAGUUCAUUAGGGCUGCUUACACUCAAUGAACAUGCUCUCGGCGGACUUGUAUUGCCAUCGCACGAAUACACCUGGGAAAUGGAAGCGAACGUAGGAACGCAUCAGCCAUUUUGGAAAAGAUUACAGAAUUUCAUAAAUCUUCAUCGCUAUCUGUAUGUUAUUUACCGUGAAAUAUUUUCACAACAACAAAAAUUAGCGGAAAAGUACUUCGAGAAGCCACUGCCUCCACUACUCGACAUGCUGAAAAACACUAGCCUUAUAUUUGUCAAUCAAGCCGAUGCUAUAACUCCGGCGCGACCGAAACUGGCAAACAUGAUCACGUUCACCUCUCCCCACGUCAAUGAAAAAAUGACACCGUUACCCCAGGAUUUGAAACGCUUUUUGGAUCAAGCGACUGCAGGAUGCAUCUACUUCAGCCUCGGCAGCAAUGCCAUGAGUUCGGACAUGCCGAAAGAAACUAUACAGGUUUUCCUCGAUGUGUUCGAUAAAUUGCCCUACAAAGUUGUGUGGAAGUACGAGAAAGAGCCGCCAGUUAAACGUGACAAUAUCUUUUUCGGAAAAUGGCUUCCCCAACAAAGUAUUCUUGCACAUCCCAAUGUUAAGAUGUUCAUUUACCAAGGAGGUCUUCAAAGUACCGAAGAAGCGGUACAUUUCACGGUACCGUUAUUAGGAUUUCCGGUAGUAGCAGAUCAGGAUUACCAGGUGCUUAGAAUGGAAGCCCUUGGGGUCGCAAUACGUUUAGAAAUCACGACCAUCACGAGAGAGAAAUUGGAGGGGGCUAUUCUAGAACUGAUAAAUAACAAACAAUACAAGGAAACAAUGAUCGAACUCAAAAAGACCGUGAACGAUAACCCUCACGACAUGGUAAAGCAUCUAGCGUGGUGGACGGAAUACGUGAUCCGUCACAAAGGAGCCCCUCAUUUUCGAUCGACUUUGGCUGAUCAACCGUGGUACCAACGCUGCGAUAUGGACAUCGUGGUGUUCCUGACAAUCGUAGCCGUUUUAGUAAUUUCAAAAACGACCAGUAUCAUCGCGACACUAGUCGUGCGAUCUUACAAACGUUAUCGCCUGAUGUCCACAAGAGGAAAGCGAAAAAUGAAUUAGCUAUAAAUGUGGUGAAACACUGUUAUACCUACAUAACAUUCAUGAAUUGCCUUUGUCAUGUGUUCUGCAGCGGAACAUGCUGAUCGUUUUAGUAGUUACAAAAUAUACGAAUGUUACCAGAGUGCUCGACGUGUUUAUAAGUUGAUUUAUACGUAGGACAAGGCAGAAUUGUACAAAUAACUGUUUAAUAA